AUGGCGGCGGCGGGAGCCGAGGCGGCCGCAGCGGUGUCUGAGGAGGAGGAGCAGAAGCGGCUGCUCGAGGGCGACCCCGAGUCGGGGGGCGACUCGGACGAUGAGGGCGACUCGGAGUCGUCGGGCGAUGGCGAGGACGAGGAGAAGGAGAACGAGGCCGAGAUCCAGCGGCUAGAGGAGCAGCUUUCUAUCAAUGCCUUUGACUACAACUGUCACUUGGAUCUGAUAAAACUGCUCCGCCAGGAGGGAGAGCUGGUGAAGCUCAGAAGAGCCCGUCAGAAGAUGAGCGAACUCUUCCCUCUUACUGAAGAGAUUUGGCUGGACUGGCUGAAGGAUGAGAUAAAAAUGGCUUCUGAAAGCUCUGAGCGAGAGAAAGUUUAUGAGCUAUUUGAGAGAGCUGUGAAGGACUACAUCUGUCCUGAAAUCUGGCUGGAAUACGCCCAGUACUCCAUCGGUGGCAUUGGCCAGGAAGGAGGCAUCGAGAGAGUGCGCUCGAUAUUUGAGAGGGCGCUGACUGCCGUGGGGCUGCACGUGACCAAGGGGACGGCGCUGUGGGAAGCGUACCGCGAGUUCGAGAACGCCAUUCUGGAGACGGCCCAGCCGGCCCCUGGCAGCGUUCCGCUGCCCGAGCAGCAGCAGAUGCUCUGCAGCCAGCUUGAGAAGAUCCACACGCUGUUCCGGCGCCAGCUGGGGAUCCCGCUCUUAGAUAUGGAAGCUUCAUUUGCUGAAUAUGAGGAAUGGUCAGAAGAUCCAAUCCCAGAAACAAUAAUAAAGAACUACAAAAAGGCUCUGCAGCAACUGGAAAAGUAUAAACCGUAUGAAGAGGCGCUGCUGAGUGCUGAAACACCAAAGCUAGCAGAAUAUCAAGCCUAUAUUGAUUUUGAAAUGAAAGCAGGUGAUCCAGCUCGCAUUCAGUUGAUCUAUGAGAGGGCUUUGGCGGAGAACUGCCUUGUGCCAGAUCUUUGGGCACGCUACAAUCAGUAUUUGGACCGGCAGCUGAAAGUGAAGGAACUGGUGUUAUCAGCCCACGACCGUGCGGUGAGGAACUGUCCCUGGACGGUCGGGCUCUGGAUUCGCUAUCUCUUGGCGAUGGAAAGGCACAGCAUUGAUCACUGCACUGUUUCUGAAAUUUUUGAAAAGGCUCUGAAUGCAGGUUUUAUUCAAGCCACGGACUAUGUAGAAAUCUGGCAGGCGUAUCUUGAUUACUUAAGAAGAAGGGUGGAUUUUACACAAGACUCAAGUAAAGAACUGGAAGAGCUGAGGUCUGCGUUUGCACGUGCUGUGGAGUAUUUGAAGCAGGAGGUAGAAGAGCGUUUCAGUGAGAGUGGAGAUCCAUCCUGUACCAUCAUGCAGAACUGGGCGAGAGUUGAGGCUCGCUURUGUAACAACAUGCAGAAGGCCAGAGAACUUUGGGACAACAUUAUGACUAAAGGGAAUGCCAAAUAUGCCAACAUGUGGCUGGAGUAUUACAACCUUGAAAGAGCCCACGGUGAUACUCAGCACUGCCGGAAGGCCUUGCACCGAGCUGUGCAGUGCACAAGUGACUAUCCCGAGCACGUCUGCGAGGUGCUGCUCACGCUGGAGAGGAUAGAAGGAACACUGGAAGACUGGGAUGYGGCUGUCCAAAAAACAGAAAACAGAUUGGCUCGGGUUAAUGAACAAAGAGCAAAGGCUGCUGAGAAGGAGGCUGCUUUGGCAAAGCUGGAGGAGGAGAAGGCUGAGCAACGAAAGCAGUCUCGGGCUGAAAAGAAAGCUUCCAAAAAGGCAAAGAAAAACAGGGCUGGAGAUAAGCGCAAAGCAGAGGAUGACGAUGAGGGAGAAUGGGGACAAGAGGAGGAAGAGCAACCCAGCAAGAGACAUAAGGGAGACGGCGAUGUUUUACCUACCGAAGAAGAAAUGGAGGUGGAAACUGGCUUGUUUGGAAGGAGCGCCCCCGAAAAGCCUGAGCAGCCCCCAAACCAAAAGGAAAAGGCGUCUACCAGUCGGAAAGAGAUUCCCAAAGUUCUCCACGACAGCAGCAAGGAUAAUGUCACGGUGUUCGUCAGCAAUCUGGCGUACACCAUGGCYGAGCCGCAGGUGAAGCUGAGGGGGCUCUUUGAGAGCUGCGGGGAGGUCGCAGAGGUCCGGCCCGUGUUCAGUAACAAGGGGACUUUCCGGGGCUACUGCUACGUGGAAUUCAAGGAAGAGAAAUCGGCUCUCCAAGCUCUCGGCCUGGAUCGCAAAGUCGUGGAGGGAAGACCCAUGUUUGUUUCUCCCUGUAUUGACAAGAACAAGAAUCCAGACUUCAAGGUGUUCAGAUAUAGCACUACGCUGGAGAAACACAAACUCUUUAUAUCUGGUUUGCCGUUUUCUUGCACUAAGGAAGAGCUGGAAGAAGUGUGUAAAGCACAUGGAAAUGUGAAAGACAUAAGGUUGGUCACCAAUCGAGCUGGAAAACCCAAGGGCCUGGCCUAUGUGGAGUACGAGAACGAAGCGGAGGCCUCGCAGGCUGUGCUGAAGAUGGACGGCCUGACGAUUAAGGAGCACGUCAUCAAGGUGGCCAUCAGCAACCCGCCGCUCCGGAGGCCGCCGGAGAAGCCCGAGGCCGGCCGAGCCUCCCAGUUCGCGGCCCCGCGGCAGCUUUACGGAGCGCGAGGCAAGGGAAGGACGCAGCUCUCCAUGAUGCCUCGUGCGUUACAGCGCCAGAACCAUCCCGUGGCCAAGGCYGAGAAUGGGAUGGUCCAGAAUUCACCAGCAACCUCAUCCGGAGCCCCCGAGGAGCCCAAGAAGAUGUCCAACGCUGACUUUGCCAGGAUGCUACUGAAGGAGUGAGCCCAACGGCCGCCAGCAGCUGGUCUGGUAAAAUGUGAAAUGCCUUUAUGGAAGCCAUGUUGUGUCCUUACUCGUGCUAGCAAGGAGAGAGCGCCAGUCACAAUCAUGUAUAAAUACUGUUCUGGACUGCUGCAUUCAUGAAGAUCAGUGUAGAAUGGUACAAAUCCCUUUUUUGUUUUGUUUGGUCGUUUUCUUUUUUUCCUCUGUUUCUAAGAGCAAAGAGUUAUACUGUGUCCUGGUAAAAUGGCUUUAAAUGAUCCCUCAUAUUGAGGGUAACGAGGGAGGAAAUAUUUCCUUUACAGGGUGGAUGGCACACAGGACUUUGUGAAUACUUCAUGGCUGUUUUUCUUUCGUUAAAGAAUGAGAUGCUACGUGAAAGCCUAGUGACGAGCUCGCCGCGCUGGUCGGAAGUUCAGGUUGUGAUUGAAGUCCUUCUCUCUGACAACAAACGCCCGUUUCUUUUUUACACACCCACCUUUCCAUAAAAAACGGCAGAUGCUAGUAACUUCACCACAAUGGCCUAUUUUAGUAUUGGGAGAGUUUCUAUACGGAUGUGUGUAUAUGUGUAGAUAUACAAAUAUACAUACAUAUCUGCGUAUUCAGUUGAUGUCCUGUUCAAGUUGACCCGUUUUUUAUAUUGUGUAUUUGUAAAUGACAUUCAGACGAUUAUUUUUAAGUGUCAUGAGCUGAUACUAGAGGCAGAGUUUUGUUUCCCAUGAGCUGUACAUGCUGUUGCCGAGGACCAUUUUUUGUUUUGGGUUGCUAGCCAGCUCCGUGUCUCCGCAGGUGGUUUCUGUAUGGUUUUGUACAAAUGUGAAGUGCAAGCUGAAGUUUCUUGGUUUAUUAAACUCCAGUUCUCAAAGGUUUUCUAUAAAUACUGUUGCUUUUGUUGAAAUGUGGGUGACGGAAUUGCACUUAUCCAAUGGCAGCUGGGUGAUACUGAYGUACCUCCCCUCUCAGGUGCACUGAGAUCCGUUACAUGUUUAAGUACCUCGUUCCCUUUAGUGCGAGUAUCCUGCAACCACUUUAGCAAUCACCCUGACUUAUAGGCUGGUGACUUAUAGGCUUAUAAGUCUUAUAGUCUUCUAUAGUCUUCUAUAGACUUAUCAUAACCUAGUGCACGAUCCUGGAUAGAAAUAGUGUUGCUUCUCCGGCUAGAGGUGCUGCCGACUCGGGCAGGCAGCGCCCCGGSAGCUAACGUGAGGGAAACUGGGUUCACUUGUGCAGCGCAGGGCCUGCUGCGCAGCCCCUCAAUCCCGUGGGCAGGAUUUGUGCUGCUUUGACUUGGCUUUCCUUGGAAAUGAAGGCGCUGGCACCGCAGCUCUGGCCGAGGGACCGCGUUUUGUCAGCACUCGUGCUCUGCGUGUCCUCUGCUCGGCCACACGCGUGGGAACAGCCGCCCCACAGGGCCUUAAUGCCCUUUGUGUCGCAAAAGCAGCU